ACAAUGUUCUUCUGUGUCAGUUUCCUCUGUCUCUGCUCUCUAGCCGAAUCCUUCUUUACGGGUCACUUUCCUUUGGAUAAACGUUUUUUAAAAAAUGAACUGAGCGUCAAGGAGGGAAGUGGCUGGGAAGUGAGACCAAGAAAGGAAGAGUGAGAGAGAGACAGAGAGACAGACAGAGAGAGACUAUUUAACAUAAACAGAGCCUGCUGAACCGAUACGUAUAUAUGUUUAAAAGGCUACAGCACUGUUGCUUAAAAAAGCCUUUGUCAACCAUUUAAUAUACAACUUAGGUGCAGGGGGAGAGGAGAUGCAGAGAAUGGAUUUGGAAGACAAGUCAUCCAAAAGGUACUGCAUGGAGAACAAGCAUGUGGCCAUCAUUUGUGGUGUGAUAGUUGCUGUAGGUUUAAUUUUAGGACUGGGACUGGGACUGGGAUUAAGACCGCAGGACUGCCGCCCUUCAGAAGACAAUGGGCAGGGGUCACCGGAAUCUCCCACCACGGGCCCCACUCCAGUGGAGAAAGACCAUUGCCCAGCUCAGAAUAAUGACAAUGGAGACUGGAAAUAUUUCAGACUGCCCUCCUACAUUAGUCCAAUUCAUUAUGACCUGGAGCUGAAGCCUGAGAUGGAAGAGGAUCGUUACACUGGAAAAGUUAAUAUCUCCAUCAAGUUGGAAAACCUGACCAGGCACUUGUGGCUUCACCUCAGAGAGACUAAGAUUACCCAGAUGCCUUUGCUCAUGAAAUCAUCAGGCCAGUCAAUUACCCUAAAGGGUUGCUUUGAGUACAAACCGCAGGAAUAUGUGGUGGUGGAGGCAGCAGAAGAGCUCUCCCCUACCAGUGAAAAUGACAUCUAUUUCCUGAGCAUGGAAUUUCAAGGCCAUUUGAAUGGAUCCCUGGUUGGAUUUUAUAGAACAACCUAUGUGGAGGAUGGAAAGAACAAGAGCAUAGCAGCCACUGAUCACGAGCCAACAGAUGCACGGAAAUCCUUUCCCUGCUUUGAUGAGCCUAACAAAAAGGCAACUUUUAAGAUAUCUAUUAACCAUGAAGACACCUAUCAAGCUCUGUCAAACAUGCCAGUGGAGCAAACAGUUUCACUGGGUAGUGGCUGGAAUCAGACAACAUUCCGAACAUCUGUUCCAAUGAGCACGUACUUGGUGUGUUGGGCUGUACACCAGUUUCAGUUUAUAGAAAGAUAUUCAUCCCGAGGAAUUCCUCUCCGCAUUUAUGCCCAGCCACAGCAAAUACAGACAGCAGUAUAUGCAGCAAACGUCACUAAAGUGGUAUUUGAUUUCUUCGAAGAGUACUUCAACAUGAACUAUUCUCUUCCCAAACUGGACAAAAUUGCCAUUCCUGAUUUUGGCACUGGGGCCAUGGAGAACUGGGGGCUGAUCACUUACAGAGAAACAAAUCUCCUUUAUGAUCCACAAGAAUCUGCCGCUUCUAACAAGCAAAGAGUAGCAGCUGUGAUUGCCCAUGAGCUUGUUCACCAGUGGUUUGGGAAUAUUGUGACCAUGGACUGGUGGGAUGACUUGUGGCUGAACGAAGGAUUCGCCAGCUUCUUUGAGUUUAUGGGGGUAAAUGCUGCAGAAGGAAAUUGGCAAAUGCUGGACCAAAUUUUGAUUGACGAUGUAUUCCCUGUUCUGAAGGAGGACUCCUUGCUCUCCUCCCAUGCAAUUGUAGUAAAUGUGUCUUCUCCUAAUGAAAUAACCUCUGUGUUUGAUGGCAUAUCCUACAGCAAAGGAGCAUCAAUUCUCAGAAUGCUUGAAGACUGGCUCUCACCAGAGAGGUUCAAAGCUGGAUGUCAGAAAUAUUUAAAAGACCAUCAUUUCAAAAAUGCAAAAACAGAUGACUUCUGGAGAGCCCUGGGACAGGAAAGUGGUGAACUCGUCCAAGAAGUGAUGGACACCUGGACCAGGCAGAUGGGAUACCCUGUGCUGACGGUGUAUUCAAACUCAACAAUCACACAACAGCGUUUUCUCCUGGAUCCCAAAGCAGAUCCUUCCCAGCUAACUUCAGCAUUUGGUUACAGGUGGAAUAUUCCAGUGAAAUGGUAUGAGGGAAGUACGGCUAACACAAUACUCUACAAUAAAUCAGAAUUAGCAGGAAUUAAUAUUGCACGGCCCAACAAUCCAGCUGUCAAUUCUUUCUUGAAAGUGAACCAAGAUCAUGUUGGGUUUUAUCGUGUCAACUAUGAAAUGCAGGCCUGGAAUGAAUUAGCCAGUAUUAUGAACAAUAGCCCCCAGAAUUUCAGCCUGGCGGAUCGUGCUGGCUUUUUAGAUGAUGCCUUUUCAUUGGCCAGAGCUGGACUUCUGAAUUAUAGUUAUGCCUUGAACCUAUCAAGAUAUCUGCAAAAUGAGAAAGAAUAUAUACCAUGGCAAAGAGCGGUAGUAGCUGUCUCCUAUCUUGGAGACAUGCUUGAAAAUGAUAAUACACUGUAUCCCAAAUUUCAGGAAUAUUUUCGUAGUCUGGUCAAACCCAUUGCAAAUCAACUGGGAUGGGAUAACGAUGGAGUCCAUAUCAAUAGUCUCCUCCGUGUGACAGUUCUAGAGUUUGCGUGCAGCAUGGAAGACCCAGAGGCUUUGAUCAAUGCAUCUAGCUUAUUUAAAGAUUGGCUAAAAGGAACAAAUCUAGAUGUAAACCUCCGCCUCCUGGUAUACCGCUAUGGGAUGCAGAACUCUGGCGAUGAGGAUGCCUGGAAUUAUAUGUUUCAGAAGUACCAAAAUACAACAUUAGCUCAAGAAAAGGAGAAGCUGCUAUAUGGCCUGGCAUCAGUGAAAAACGUCACCCUGUUGGACAGGUUUUUACGGCACAUCAAGGACACAAAUCUCAUUAGAAGUCAAGAUGUGUUCACUGUCUUGAGAUACAUCUCUUAUAACAGCUAUGGCAAAACAAUGGUUUGGGACUGGGUCCGUCUCAACUGGGAAUAUUUAGUCAGCAGAUACACUCUCAAUGACAGAAACCUUGGUAACCUUGUGUCAAGAAUAACAGGAACAUUCAACACGGAUCUCCAGCUUUGGCAGAUGGAGUAUUUCUUUGAGAAAUAUCCUAAUGCUGGAGCUGGAGAAGCAUCCAGAAAACAGGCUGUUGAAACAGUGAAGAGCAAUAUUGAAUGGCUAAAGCGAUACAGAGAAGAGAUUGCAGCAUGGUUUAUGAGUUAGAAUUGAUCAUCCCCUUCUACCUUAAAUAAACUCUUGGGACUUUAUUUUCAAAGUACAUCAAAUUAGGGAUGUGUAGAAAUCUUACUUCCAAAGCCUGAUCAAGCUGCCAAUUCUGCAAAGGAAACAACACUGAGAUGCAUUAAUUUAUUGAAAUGUGCAUUCAAAUAAGUCAGACAGCAACUCUAGAUCCUGCAAAUCAUUUUUCCCCACUAGUACAUGUUUUCUUCUUUUAGCCGGACUACUUACAAUGCAUAAAAUUACCAUUAUCGCAGAGCUAAUAAUAUGAUCCUAGUCUUCUUUGUGAGGAUCACUGGUGUGUGUAUUUACCACACAUACACACACAACUUUGAAAAUCCAAUAAGUCCUUUGUUUAUCGAAAAACCAUAUUAUUCCAUGUGCUCAGGGCACCCUUCCAAAUGUACCUUAAAAGUGAUCCAUUCCAAAGUAAGAAUUUUACAAUUAAAGAAAAUUAGGUUAGAAACAUUUUUCUGUCUCUCAGAGGAAGUUCAGUAGGAAUUUAAAGCAUCUAACAUGACUUUGUAAAACAGACCUCAAUUAUAUUAUCUUCUACUGUAUAUACAGGUACACUAUUAUUUCCAUUCAUUUCAGCAUUUCAUGAAGAUAGCAUGGCACUGAAACAACAUUACAUGCAUAGUGUAGUAUCCAGGUGUUACCCAAGUGACCUUGGAGCAGCCAAAGCUCGCUGGAAGAGUACAUGUUUUGCAUAGAGAAGAUCUCAUAUUCAAGAAUCUCAGGGCCAAGUGCCAUGUGGUUAAAUACAUAGCAGGUAGCUACGUAUCUUGUUUUUCUUUAACUAAUUUUGUAGGGGGGGCAAUUACACAAACCCACUGAGGCAGGUGGGGGGAACUUUGGCCCUCCAGCUGCUGCUGAACUACAACUCCCAUCAGCCCCAGCAAGUAUGGCCAAUGGUCAGGGAUGAUGGGAGUUGUCAUUCAGCAACAUCUGGAAGGUCAAAGGUUCCCCAUACUUGCACUAAGAUUGGAAUGGAAAAUGUACCCUACCCCCAAGGCAAGGUACCAAUGGUGACUUUUUUGAAGGCACCCUUUACAAACCUUGUGCCCUCCAGAUGUUUUGGAUUCCCAUCAGCCCCAAUCAGCAUGGGAUAGAACUGGGGACACAAUGUUCAUUUUGCACUUGCAAGGAAUUUAUCUUUCAGUGUAGCAGCAUCUACACUUUGGAACUCCCUGUCCAUUGAUAUUAGGCAGGCGUCUUCACUGUAGUAUUUUCUGUGCCUGCUAUAACAGAUUUUUGUUUAGGCAACCCCACCCAGACAUGUAAAUUUGAUAUUGUUUUAUAAUGUACUUUAUUUUAUAAUAUAUAUUUUAAAGCUGCUGAUUUUAUCUGGGGGAAAAAUAGGCUAACUUGUUUGUAAUAUCUGAUGUUCUCUGUGAUUUUAAUGUAUAUUGUAUAUAACCCCCUUAGAAUUUUGAUGAUUAAGUGGUAUAUAAAUCCUGCUAAAUAAAUAAAACAUUUGGAGGGCACCAGGUUAGUGAAUGCUAUUCUAAGACUUCUAGUCCCAUAUAGGAAUGGGAUCUCCAUUCUGAUGUUGAUGGGGGGAGUGAAGAGAUAAGAUUCUCUUUCCUGCAUGCUGCCUUCACAGUUCUGACUGCCAAUUCUUAUUGCCUUCACUGUAAGAAUUGAGCUUCCCUAACCCUGGAAUUAAUGAAGAAAGAACAAGAUGCCUGCCUGCCUGCCUGCCUGCUAUGUAGUAAGUCAGGGAAAGCCAACAUGAUGCCCUCCAGAUGUAGUUGGACUAUAGCUCCCCUCAUCCCUGAUUAUUGGCCAUACUAGCUGGAGCUAAAGGGAGUUGGAGUCCAACCAUAUCUAGAGGACACCACAUUGGCUAUCUCUGUAUUAAGUGCAUGUCUAGUUUGGUCCAUGGGUAAAUAAUCUUAGACAGCAGUUGAUCUGGUAUAUUUUCUGUCUGGGAUCCUGGAAGGCUGCUGCCAGUCUAAGGAAACAAUACUGAACUAGAUAGACCAGCUGUUUGACUCAGUGGAAGGAAGUUUUGUAUGUUCAGAUAAGCGUCCUCUUAUGUGUCUGCACGUGUAGGGGAGGACAACAUAUCUAAGAAAACCUUGGCAUAGUAGGUGAGUGUGCAAGUCUACCCUAAUUUCAAGUGCAGAUACCUGCAUAUCUUUUAUCCAUAUACAAUGGCAUUCAGAGCCAACACAUGAGCUCAAUGCUUUGCUUGGGCUCGCUAAGGCUAUUCCCUGUGUCAGCGGUAAUGUUUACAAGGUGAUGAACUGUCAUCGUUGUGGAAAAUGUCUCUGCCUAUGCCCCACCAGCACCUGUCAGAAAGAUUCAAUGGGAACACAGACCAUCUUUGUUUGAGAACGACAAUGCACAUAGAAAACCAAGUGGUCCUCCGGAUGUUGCUCCCAUCUGCCCCAGACAUCAUGGUUCAAUGGCCAAGGAGGAGGAAAGUUGCAGUCCAGCAACACAGAUUCCCGACCCCUGGAGUAAACAGUCCUAAACAUUGUAGCCAGGACUGUAUUCCCUUGCCUGUUGUCAGUGACUUGGCUGGAGUGAGAGUCACAUGCACAGCGGCCCUGCUUGCCAAGUAUUUUUA